AUUAAAUUAGUAUAAAUAUCUAGCGUACCCAUGGGUAGAUCGAACAGUGCCUAUCCAACCAUGCGAGCAUCAGUGUUGUGCAUUCUAGUUCUUGUGGCUACUGCCACACAAGGCUUUCAAUUUCCAAGUCUUGGGGGAUCAUUACUAGACUCCGGCAAAUCACUGAUAGAAAGAAGUCGCCCAACUAGUCGCCCAUCCACUACCACUACCCAAGCUCCGACUACUAAAGCAGCAGCCAGUUCAAAUGGAAAAAAUGACGCGUCUGGAAAAGCAGGCGGUAGUGCGUCUGUAGGUGCAGGCGGUAGUGUGUCUGUAGGUGUAGGCGGUGGUAUUUCAGUAGGAGGCGAGAUAAGUAUCGGCGGUGGCUCUAACCUGGCGGAUAAAAUCAAAAAAGAGAGAGAAGAAUCGAAAAAACGGCAAGAGGAAAGGAAUCGUGAAAAUAAUUCGAAACAAGAGAAUCGUCCAAGUAUUCCAAGUAUUCCAAAACUACCAAGUAUUCCAAGUAUUAUAAACAACCGAAACAAUACUAAUAGUACCAAUAUUCCAAAACUACCAAAUAUUCCAAGUAUUAUAAACAACCGAAACAAUACUAAUAGUAUCAAUAUUCCAAAACUACCAAAUAUUCCAAGUAUUAUAAACAACCGAAACAAUACUAAUAGUAUCAAUAUUCCAAAACUACCAAAUAUUCCAAGUAGUAUAAACAACCGAAACAAUACUAAUAGUAUCAAUAUUCCAAAACUACCAAAUAUUCCAAGUAUUAUAAAUCGUAUAAAUGUUUCACGUUCUCCAGAAAUUCCGACACGUCCAACCCGCCCUAGCCCUUCUACUCGACCACGUCCAACCCGUCCUAACCUUACUACUCCAAAGCUUCCACAACGUCCAACCCGCCCUGCCCCUGCUACUCGACCACGUCCAACCCGCCCUAGCCCUGCUACUCGACCACGUCCAACCCGCCCUAGCCCUGCUACUCGACCACGUCCAACCCGCCCUAGCCCUGCUACUCGACCAUGUCCAACCCGCCCUAGCCCUGCUACUCACCCACGUCCAACCCGCCCUAACGUUACUACUCCACAACGUCCAACCAUCCCUAGCAUAACUACUCCAAAGUUUCCACCACUUCCAACCCGCCCUCCUACCACUCAGACCACUGUUACUUCCACUACCGAACCUUCUUCGACCACUGCUGCUUCCUCCAGCGAAUCUUCUUCUGCCAGUGAAGCAUCUAACGAAGGCAGUACAAGCACUACAGUUCCACCUUCUUCGACCACUGCUGCUUCCUCUACCGAAUCUUCUUCAACCACUGCUGCAUCUAGCGAAGGCAGCUCAAGCACUACAGUUGAAUCUACUUCGACCACUGCUGCUUCCUCCAGCGAAUCUUCUACUGCUAGUGAAGCAUCUAGAAAAGGUAUUCCAGUUGAAUCUUCUUCGACCACUGCUGCUUCCUCCAGCGAAUCUUCUGCUGCCAGCGAAGCAACCAGCGAUCUAUCCUCGAAGAUGGACUGAACACGGUCAGUGAAGUCAUACAGACCGUGAUGAGUAUGGUAUUAAACAGGCAAUAAACGUUUUUACUACUACAGGAUUCGUAUAAAAUGUAUAACGUCUAUUUAGCUCAAAAUUUUAAUGACUAAAUGUAUCAGUGACCGAAAGGAAAUAUAAUAACAUUGAGAUUGAAUUACAA